AUGGGCAGAAGAAAAGUAACACACCAGUUGAUUUCUGACAACUCCACUCGUCGAGUUACAUUCAGAAAACGCAAAGAUGGUUUAUUGAAGAAGCUCAAAGAAUUAACCAUUCUAUGUGGUUUACGUGCUUGCGCCAUCAUCUACAGCGAUUACAAGGAAGGCCCUGAAGUCUGGCCAAGCCGUAACGAGGUUCGUGUUCUUCUAAACCGGUUAAGCGAACUUCCGGUUGAGAAACAAACCAAGUACAUGAUGGACCAGAAAGAUCUCAUGAACAGGAUGAUCCAAGAUGCAAAGAAGAAGUUAGAGAAAGAGCAGAUGCAUAGCCGUGCAAUGGAACUUGGGAUGGUUGCUUCGUUCGAUGAUCUAAACGAUGCUGAUUAUUCCGAGGAUCUGAUCAAAGCGGCUGAUGUGGUUGAGAAGAGGAUCAAAGUUAUCAGAGAGAGAAUCGAGGCUUUAGAAUCAGGAGCAGCCGUAGUCAAGAAAGACUAG